CAAGGCAGUUUGUUUAUGACAGUCCAUCAUGGCGGUUGAUGUAUGUGAUAUGGAAAUUCCAGUCUAUGAAGGACUCCACCUACCCAAGAUCCCCACAUUUUUGAAAGAUCCAGGACACACCCUGACGUCUAUAAGGGACCUGAUGUUAGGUCCUGAUGCAAUCAUUCUAGCGACAUAUCCACGAUCAGGAACACACUGGGUGUAUGAAAUGACUGAAAUGUUGCUUAAAGGAAAGGCGGAAUAUUGCAGUAAUUCUAGAGAGACCGUGUAUUUGGAGGGAUUUUCUGACCUUGGUCAAAUGCAUCUUUACAACAGAGUUGUAAGCACACAUGUACCAUUCCAAUGGCUUCCAAAACAACACGUGAGUGGCUGCGGAAAAAUUAUCUUAGUUAUUCGAAACCCCAAGGACACUGCAGUUUCUAUGUUUAAAAUAUUUAAUUCUUCUGGAUAUAUCAAGGAUACAAGUUUCGAAGAUUUUGUCCAUGAGGACUUUUUGGGACCGAAGGCCAUGCACGGAGGAUGGUUUGAAUAUAACAAAGACUUCCUCAAAAAAGCAGCCACAUUAAAGAAUCAGAUGUUAGUAAUAGAAUAUGAGAAGCUCAAAAGAGACACAAAGGAAGAACUUUUGAGACUGGCCAGGUUUCUAGGCGUGAAAGGGGACAAUCAGCUCAUAGCAGAUAUAGAAGAUAAAUGUUCAUUCAACAAGAUGAAAGAAGCCGACAAAGUCGUCAGGGAUGAUAAUCUGAUGGCCGAAACUAUGAGGGAAUUAUCAUUGAAUGAAAAUGUCGUAGUGUAUAGAAAAGGUGAAGUGGGAGAUUGGAAAAACUAUUUCACUGUGGCAUUGAACGAAGAAUUCGACAAAGUGUACAUGGAAAAAAUGACGGAAAUAGAUUUCAUCCCAGAAUAUGAGUAAUAUGAACGAUGAAAUUUCGGAAAGUAAAGGAACAUAGAAAACAUUCAAGGUGUUAUACCCCCGCCUGAAAAACUGGAGGGUAUAGUAAUCAUAGAGAUAGAGUAGAGAUUAGAGAAAAUACAUGUAUUUCACUGUGAAAUUGAACGAAAUAUUUGACAAGACAUAAGAAGAAAGAAUAAAAGGUCAGUUUAUUUCAAACAGGAAUGUGGGUAAUGGACAUUGAAGAUAAUAUGAACUUAGUUAAAAUACCAGCUUAAAUUAGCAAUUAAAGGAUGGAAUCUUUAGCUUCCACAUAUCAAUGAUAUUGAUAAAGGAGUCAUUGAUAAUGGAAUCGUGAAUUACAUCUUCCUCUUCACUGGAAAUCCUCGAUUUCAUUUUGUAUAUUCACUAUCAAUACAGUGCAGUUUUUUGCAUAUUUAGUGGAAGGUGUUACAAAGCAGGCUUUUUUAAAGACUCAUAAUAAAUAUAAUAUGUUUGUAAACAAAAUAUAUUAUAAAAGCUG